ACCAAAUCCAAAACCAGCCACAGAACUCGACUCAAGAUUUUCUUCUCCCUCUCCCACCACCAACCAAAAAAACUGGGGGGAAAAAAGCAAGAAAAAGAGAAGAAGAAAACAAGAGAAUUAAGAGGGUUUGUCAUAGGAUUUUCUAGCUCCCCAAUGGCUUGUGCUUCUCAAUCUAUGAUUUCUGCAUACAGCUAUCCGUUCCCAUCUCAAAAAAUUAGUCUAAAGAAGCCCAGAUGGUUGAGAGCAAACACCAAGCUUUUCUCAGUGAGUGCUUCUGAUUCAUCCAACUCUGAAGAGGAUUGCAAUGCGGAAGAAUGUGCCCCUGAGAAAGAGGUAGGAAGGGUGAGUAUGGAAUGGUUAGCAGGAGAGAAGACGAUGGUAGCCGGAACUUACCCACCGAAAAAGAAGGGGUGGACUGGUUACGUUGAGAAGGAUACUGCUGGCCAAACCAACAUUUAUUCUGUUGAGCCAGCAGUCUAUAUAGCGGAAAGUGCGAUAAGUUCUGGAUCAGCAGGCACAUCAUCAUCAGGAGCAGAGAACACUGCAGCCAUCGCCGCUGGUUUAGCUCUAAUAUCAGUCGCUGCAGCAUCCUCAAUUCUUCUCCAAGUCGGCAAAAAUGCACCUCAAGUUCAGAGUACAGAGUACUCUGGACCACCACUCAGUUACUACAUCGGCAAGUUCAAGCCUGCAAGUAUUGUAGAGGCUGCAGUUAUUUCUGAGCCUCAGAGUUCUCCGGCCAUAGAGGCUUCUGCUCCUUCCGAACCUGAGAUUGCGUCAAAUGUGCAGGCUGAAGGUGAUGCAAGUGCAGCUCCUGAAGUCCAAGUUGAAUUGAAGGUGGAGGGUGAAAGUUCAAGUGUUGAAAAUGUUUCUUAAGAAAUGUGUGGAAAUUUUGUAUAUGAUAUAUAGGUGAUGUGAUGUUUGUAUUGAUAGUUUUGUUACAGAUCACGUCGUCGCUUCUUGAAAUUGUUUCUUGACAAAGAGUUCAGUUUGAUUUAGACAUGUAACAUGUUACUUCCAUAAGAUAUUGCUAAGCUCAGCAGUUUAAUCUUUC